ACUACAUAGACUUUCUCGAUUUGAGGAACAAAGCAUCAUUUUAGGUGGUUUAGAUACUCAGUUUGAUGCAAGCAAGUGACCUGCAAGGGUGCUGUUCUCGUAAUUACGCGCAACUCGGACGAAAACGAGUCAGCUCUAGUGCUCGAUUGUCCUAGUUUAUAUUUGGUCGUCCUUUACAUCUUUCAAAAGAGAAUAUUAACGAAAUGUACAGUAACUGCGCAAACGAUGGUGAUGGGGGAGGCGAUGGGCGCAAGCACGAAUCUAUUGAAAUGAGUAAAGAAGUGGGUCACGCGUCAAAUUUACAAUCUAACACACAAACAAAUGUGGACGCCUCCAAUAAACAGCAGUUGGUUAAACUUGAACAACUUCCAGAACGCGGGUCAUGGUCUUCAAAAAUGGAUUUCAUUCUUUCAGUAGUAGGACUAGCAAUCGGCUUGGGAAACGUUUGGCGAUUUCCUUACUUAUGCUAUAAAAAUGGAGGCGGUGCAUUCAUAUUACCAUAUAUAAUAACGUUGUUUUUAGCUGGAAUUCCGAUGUUUUUCAUGGAGUUAGCUCUUGGUCAAAUGUUGACCAUUGGUGGGCUUGGUGUAUUUAAGAUUGCCCCCAUAUUCAAAGGAAUUGGAUAUGCUGCUGCAGUUAUGUCAUGUUGGAUGAAUGUUUACUAUAUUGUCAUUCUGGCUUGGGCGGUAUUUUAUUUCUUCAUGUCGAUGAGAGCAGAUGUACCUUGGAGGACGUGUAACAAUUGGUGGAACACAGUGAAUUGUGUCAGUCAAUAUGAAAGAAAAAAUUUACAUUGCUGGGAUAAGAUAAUUAAUGGCACCGCAAAAAAAAUGUGCUCCGUUUCUGCUGUAAACAUUACAUCUUCUGAGCUUACAGAUCCAGUUAAAGAAUUUUGGGAGCGUCGUGCACUUCAAAUAUCUCAUGGCAUUGAGGAAAUUGGAAACAUUCGCUGGGAGUUGGCUGGAACUUUAUUACUUGUCUGGAUCCUCUGCUAUUUUUGCAUUUGGAAAGGAGUAAAAUGGACAGGGAAAGUAGUAUAUUUUACUGCCCUAUUUCCAUAUGUUCUUUUAACGGUUCUGCUGGUUCGUGGAAUAACUUUACCUGGAGCUUUGGAAGGCAUCAAAUUUUAUAUUAUUCCUAACUUUUCAAAGUUGUCUAAUUCCGAGGUCUGGAUAGAUGCUGUUACCCAGAUAUUUUUCUCAUACGGCCUUGGACUUGGUACUUUAGUGGCUUUAGGAAGUUACAACAAGUUUACCAAUAAUGUCUAUAAAGACGCACUAAUUGUCUGCACAGUUAAUUCCAGCACCAGUAUGUUUGCUGGCUUUGUAAUAUUUUCAGUUAUAGGAUUUAUGGCUCACGAACAACAGCGACCUGUGGCCGAAGUAGCUGCCUCAGGACCUGGUCUAGCAUUUCUAGUGUAUCCAUCGGCAGUACUGCAACUGCCAGGUUCUCCAAUGUGGUCUUGCCUCUUUUUCUUCAUGCUUCUGCUUAUUGGCUUGGACUCCCAGUUCUGUACAAUGGAGGGCUUUAUCACUGCUAUUAUUGAUGAAUGGCCUCAGUUGCUGCGGAAACGCAAAGAAAUCUUUAUUGCUAUUGUUUGCGCACUUAGCUAUUUAGUUGGCUUAACCUGCAUUACACAAGGCGGCAUGUACAUAUUCCAAAUAUUAGAUUCAUAUGCAGUAAGUGGUUUUUGCUUACUAUGGCUCAUAUUCUUUGAGUGCGUCUCAAUAUCUUGGUGUUAUGGAGUUGAUCGAUUUUAUGAUGGAAUAAAGGAUAUGAUCGGAUACUAUCCCACAGUUUGGUGGAAAUUUUGUUGGUGUGUCACCACCCCUGCUAUAUGCUUGGGAGUCUUCUUCUUUAACAUAGUGCAGUGGACUCCCAUAAAAUACUUGGACUACAACUAUCCUUGGUGGGCGCAUGCUUUUGGUUGGUUUACUGCAUUGUCAUCCAUGCUUUAUAUACCAAUAUAUAUGUUCUGGUUGUGGAAACGAACUCCUGGAGACCUUAGUGAGAAAAUCCGAGCUAUAGUUCGGAUAGACGAAGAUGUAACCCGGUUGCGCGAGAAAAUGCAGAGAGAAGCUUAUGCUAAAGAGGUUGAAUUUCAUUCUUUAUAGACGUAUAUAAGCUAUCUCAUAAAGUUUUAAGUCACUUUUUGUUGACACAUUUAUCAGCUAAAUAUGAUUUACAUUUAUUUGCUUAACUUUGGGAAUCAUUUCUAAUUUAUACAACUAA